UUAUCUGAACUUAGUUUCGACCCAAGAGCAGAAAUAAGGAAGGUUGCAUUGAAAGUCCUGUUUGAUACUCUGCGGAACCAUGGUGACCAUUUCAGCCUGUCUUUAUGGGAACGGGUUUUUGAGUCUGUUUUAUUUCGGAUAUUCGACUAUGUGCGGCAUGACGUUGACCCAUCUGGUGAGGAUUCAGCAGAUCAGAUAGGUUACAAUGGUGAAGUUGACCAAGAGUCUUGGCUUUAUGAGACAUGCUCGUUGGCUCUACAGCUAGUUGUAGACCUCUUUGUAAAUUUCUACAAGACAGUUAAUCCUCUCCUUAAGAAGGUACUGAUGUUAUUCGUAAGCUUGAUAAAACGUCCUCACCAAAGUCUUGCUGGUGCGGGUAUUGCUGCGCUUGUCCGUCUGAUGAGAGAUGUCGGUCAUCAAUUCUCAGACGAACAAUGGCUCGAGGUUGUGUCAUGUAUCAAAGAAGCAGCGGAUGCUACAUGCCCUGACUUCUCAUAUGUUACCAGUGAAGAUAUGACGGAGGAUGUAAGCAAUGGGGACGAAACAAAUGAUAAUUCCAACGACGCACUGAGAAGAAGAAACAGGCAGCUUCAUGCUGCCGUCGCAGAUGCCAAAUCCAAAGCUUCAAUUCAGAUUUUUGUGAUUCAGGUCAGUAAGUCUCAAGUCUCUGGUGAUGAAGCAUGGAUAUAU